CCAUGACUAAGUCCUAUGAGUUUAAUUGGCAGAAGCACCUGCCUGGCUUCAUGCAGGAAGGAGCUUCCUUCGACAGGUUUGACGAGGACCCGUUUCUGUUUGAGCCCAGCUGUCUGGUCAAAGUGGACGAGUUUGGCUUCUUCAUCACGUGGAAGAGCGACGGAAAGGAGGGCCAGGUUCUAGAAUGUUCUCUGAUCAACAGUAUUCGAGUCGGAGCCGUGCCAAGGGACCCUAAGAUUCUGUCUUCGUUCGAGGCAGCGGGGAAGAAAGAGGAGGAGCUGGAGGGAUGUGUCAUCUGUGUCUGUAGCGGGACCGACCUCGUCAACCUCUCCUUCAUGUACAUGGUGGCUGACAGCCCAGACACAGCUAGGAAGUGGACGGAGGGUUUGAGGUCAGUGAUCCACAAUUUCAGAGCCAAUAACGUCUGUCCUAUGACCUGCCUCAAGAAACAUUGGAUGAGGAUGUGCUUUCUGACCAAUGUGAACGGCAAGAUCCCAGUGAGAACCAUCACACGGACAUUUGCGUCUGGGAAAACGGAGAAAGGAAUCUUUCAGGCUCUGAAGGAGCUGGGACUGCCUAGUGGAAAGAACGAUGAGAUCGAACACUCAGCGUUCCCCUUUGACAUCUUCUAUGCCCUGACUCAGAAGAUCUGCCCUCGUACUGACAUCGAGGAACUCUUCAAGAAAAUCAAUGGGGACAAAAGUGAUUUUUUAAACGUAGACCAGUUAGUCAGCUUUCUGAAUGAAAACCAGCGCGACCCGCGGCUAAAUGAGAUCCUGUUCCCCUUCUACGACCCGAAACGCGCCAUGCAGAUCAUCGAGAAGUACGAGAGAGACCCCGACCUCAAGAAGAAAGGCCGUAUGUCCAGUGAUGGCUUCUGCAGGUACCUGAUGUCAGAUGAGAAUGCCCCGGUGUUCCUGGACUGUCUGGAGCUGUACCAGGACAUGGAGCAGCCGCUGGCCCACUACUUCAUUGCCUCGUCCCACAACACCUACCUGAACGGGAGGCAGUUCGGAGGGAAGUCCUCCGUGGAGAUGUACAGACAGGUGCUGCUCUCCGGCUGCAGGUGUGUAGAGCUGGACUGCUGGGAUGGGAAAGGAGAAGACCAGGAGCCUAUCAUCACUCACGGCAAGGCCAUGUGUACUGACAUCCUCUUCAAGGAUGUGAUCUCAGCCAUCAGGGAAACUGCCUUUGUGACGUCUGAGUAUCCCGUGAUCCUGUCAUUUGAAAACCACUGCAGUAAACCCCAGCAGUAUAAGAUGGCUCGUUAUUGUGAGGAGAUCUUUGGAGAAUACCUACUGAGGCAUCCUCUUGAGGGAUUCCCUGUUGAAGCGGGUCGUCCCUUGCCUUCUCCCAACGAUCUCAAACGCAAAAUCCUCAUCAAAAACAAACGCUUGAAACCCGAGGUGGAACAGAAGCAGUUAGAGUCUUUUAAGAAGCACAUGGAGGCAGGAGAGACCAACACACCAGCCAUCUUACUAGGAGCAGAGACCGAGGAAGAUGUGGAGAACGCUCUAGGUGAUGUGAAGGAUGUGAUUCCUGACUUGAAGACGUCUGCAUCAGAGGAGCCUAGUGAAGAGAACAGCCUCAGCACCAGUGUCAGUAUCAGUGACAGCGUCGGCGUCAGCGUGAGUGUGAACAAAGACGGAGAGGGGAAGGAGAGGGACAACAGCAUCAAAAAGGUGGUGGAGGAGGAUCCAACAGAGAUGUCUGAGGCCACAGAAGCAACAGACGCCACAGACAUCUCCGAGGCGUCUGAGGACAACAACAACAAGAAGACGGGAGAGACGACGGAUGACGAGGAGGCUCUGAUUGCCUCGUACACGUACGUAGGAGCCACCACCAACAUCCACCCCUACCUCUCUGCCAUGGUCAACUACGCCCAGCCUGUCAAGUUCCAGAGCUUCGACGUCGCAGAAGAGAGGAACAUCCACCACAACAUGUCGUCAUUUAAUGAGUCAGUGGGUCUGGGCUAUCUGAAGACCAACGCCAUCGAGUUUGUCAACUACAACAAGCGUCAGAUGAGUCGGAUCUACCCGAAAGGAGGCAGGGUGGACUCCAGUAACUACAUGCCUCAGAUCUUCUGGAACGCAGGCUGCCAGAUGGUCUCCCUUAACUACCAGACCCCAGAUCUGGCCAUGCAGUUGAACCAGGGAAAGUACGAGUACAAUGGAUCCUGUGGGUAUCUGUUGAAGCCAGACUUCAUGCGUCGCUCAGACAGGAUGUUUGACCCCUUCUCAGAGACACCUGUGGACGGGGUCAUUGCUGCUACCUGCAGUGUACAGGUGUUCUCUGGUCAGUUCCUGUCUGAUAAGAAGAUUGGGACCUACGUGGAGGUGGACAUGUACGGGCUGCCCACGGACACCAUCCGCAAAGAGUUCCGCACGCGCAUGGUGAUGAACAACGGCCUGAACCCCGCCUACAACGAAGAACCGUUCGUCUUCCGGAAGGUGAUUUUACCAGACCUGGCUGUGCUGCGCAUAGCUGUGUAUGAUGACAAUAAUAAGCUGAUAGGUCAGAGGAUUCUACCAUUGGAGGGUCUACAGGCAGGAUACAGACACAUCUCUCUACGCAACGAAGGGAACAAGCCUCUGUCUUUACCCACUGUCUUCUGUAACAUAGUACUCAAGACCUACGUACCCGAAGGCUUCGGAGCCAUCGUGGACGCCCUGUCGGACCCAAAGAAGUUCCUGUCCAUAGCAGAGAAGAGAGCUGACCAGAUGAGAGCUCUGGGGAUUGAAACGAGUGACAUAGCGGACGUGCCAAACGAGAGUUCGAAGAACGACAAGAAAGGGAAGGUGAACACCAACGUGAAGACCAACGUCACGCCACAGACCAGCUCGGACCCGGCUCAGUCCUCUAAGUCUGCCCAGAACAACACCACGGAGACCAAGAAGGAUACAAACACCCUCGUGCCACAUGUGAACAUUGAUGACUUGAAACAGAUGAAGACGUACCUUAAAGUGAUUAAGAAGCAGCAGAAAGAUCUGAACUCUUUAAAGAAGAAGCAUGCCAAGGACCGCACCGUCAUGCAGAAGUCCCACGUCACCCAGGUGGACAAGAUGAUCGCUCAGCACGACAAGGAGAAGCAGACACAGGAGAAGCUGCUGGAGAAGGCCAUCAAGAAACUAGGAGAAAACAACUGUCUGGAGUUGAAGAAGGAGACUGAGAGUAAAGUGGAGAACCUGACCACAGACCACAAGGCUAAGGUGAAGGACAUCACAGCCCAACACACUAAGGAGUGGUCAGAGAUGAUCAACUCCCACAGCAGUAUUGAGCAGGAUAUGAAGGACAUCCACGUGGUCCAGCAGUGUGAAAACCUCAAGAAACUACUGAGUGGAGUCCAGGAACAACAGACUCUCUCGCUCAAACUGAUCCACGAACGGCAGAGCAAGGAUAUGCGGGCCAACCAGGCCAAGACGUCCAUGGAGAACAGCAAGGCCAUCAGCCAGGACAAGACCAUCAAGAACAAGGCCGAGAGGGAGAGGAGAGUUAGAGAGUUGAACAGCAGCAACACCAAAAAGUUCCUUGAGGAGAGGAAAAGGUUGGCUAUGAAGCACCAGAAGGAGAUGGAGACACUGGAGAAGUCUCAGAAAGAACAGCUUGAGGAACUGGACAAGUUCAAUGAGCAGGCCAAGGACAUCCAGCAGAUGGUGAAGCUGGAGGAGGAGAUGGACCGCAGACCAGCCACAGUGGUUUAA